CAUCCUCUCGCUCCUACCCAGCCUUCGGCCCUGCCCGGUCCCGCUCGGGGCCGCAGCGGUGCCGAACCGCUUGGGGAGUCCAGCGCGGCCCGGCCCGGUGGGGGCGGCUGGACGGACCCUCACCCUGGGUCUUAAAACAUGAGGGGAGGUGCGGCAGCCCCUGGGCUGUCCCCACCGGCCUGCCCGGGACGGCAGGUGAGCGGCCGUGCAGGAUGCCCCGUGCUGCGGUUGAAGUCGACGCCACGGCCCAAAUUCUCGGUGUGCCUGCUGGGGGACCAGCAGCACUGCGAUGAGGCCAAAGCAGUUGACAUCCCUCACAUGGACAUAGAAGCUCUGAAGAAGCUCAACAAAAACAAGAAGCUGGUGAAGAAGCUGGCUAAGAAGUACGAUGCCUUCCUGGCUUCCGAGUCCUUGAUCAAGCAAAUCCCUCGAAUCCUGGGCCCGGGCCUGAACAAAGCUGGGAAAUUCCCUUCCCUGCUCACCCACAACGAGAAUCUGGUGGCCAAGGUGGAUGAGGUCAAAUCCACCAUCAAGUUUCAGAUGAAGAAGGUGCUCUGUCUGGCUGUGGCCGUGGGCCACGUGAAGAUGACAGAGGAUGAGCUGGUCUACAACAUCCACCUGGCCAUCAACUUCCUGGUGUCCCUGCUGAAGAAGAACUGGCAGAACGUGCGGGCUCUGUACAUCAAGAGCACCAUGGGGAAACCCCAGCGCCUCUACUAAGGGCUGGGGGCAGCAAUAAACCCUGCAGACACCCUCA